GAAACUGGCUGUCUGCCUGUAAGCCGGUCCUCUCUGACAGAAAGGACAUGAACAAGGGCGGAGCAAAGGAGCUUUAUAAAGACACGAGAAAUAAGCACCAUACCAGCGCAAACACACAGCAGACAACGACCUGACGGCUGGAAAUCACGGCCAGCAGCUCGACUCUGAGUCUUUCCCGAGCUGUCAAAUGCAACGUUGCCGUCCAACACCGCGCUGCGGCACGGAUUACCUGCAGGAUAUUUACUGAUUUCAACGCAGUUUGCACUUUGGAAAUACAGACAAAGGGAUCUUUAAACAGCCGCUGUUGUUAGAACAAAACGGAUGUCAGUGUGGUGGUUAGAGAUGGGAGAGGGUCUGGGGCCGCUCUCCCCUGUAGGAUGGUAGCCGACAGCACGGUGGAAGGCAGUGACAAGAUCCAGUUGUCAAGUUCGUCAUCCUUGUCGUCCUCGUCAUCCUCAUCAUCAUCCUCAUCAUCGUCCUCAUCAUCUUCCUUGUCCUCAUCGUCAUCGUUGGCCAGCCCUCGCCGCACAGAGUCAGAUCAGCUUCAGCAUCGAGCCGCUCCAGAUCCAAACCCAAGAUCUGUGUCCGUCCCCUCUGUGUAUCUGACCCACUUCCCCACCUUCUCCUGCAAAGAGGACUGCAAGAUCAUCACAGACACUGCAGCCAAGCUCGAGCGCAGCGGCUUCUACUGGGGCCCGCUGGGAGUUGAGGACGCCCAUCGCAUGCUACGAGACGCUCCUCUGGGCAGCUUCCUCAUCCGUGACAGCCGCCAAAAAGACGUCUUCUUCACGCUGUCCUACCACGGCAAGAGUGGGCCGGUCAGCGUGCGCAUCGACUACAAGCGGCAAAAGUUCUCACUGGCGGGCAACGAGCGAUCCUUCCCGACGCUCUUCGCCCUCUUGGAGCAUUACGUCAACUCUCCCAAGAAGAGCCUCAGCAUCCCGUACAGGAAAUGGGAGCCGACGCUGCAAGAGUUGUGCAGAAAGCGCAUCAUGGAGCUGUGUGGCGGAGAAAGCCAGGUGCCAAAGCUGCAGAUUACUCAUGUUGUGCAAGACUUCCUGUUGGAGUUCCCUUACAAACUAUGACUAGCUUGCAGUGUAAAGUUCUGAUAGUAUUAUUUUUACUUUCAAGACGGCAGCUUUUACCAAGUGAUGGUAAACAAGACUGUUUGGU